AGUACGGUAGAAAAAACUAUAUUCUCUUUGGUCAAAAAUAAAGAAAAAUAGAAAUAAUACACAGGGAUUGUAUGUUAUGCGUUUUGUGAUUUUAAUUGUAAAAUACAAAAUCGUUUCAAUAAACCAUGUUAAAGGAUAAAGGGCAGGUUACUUUUGAAGAUAAAUGGCCUUCUAUGCGUCCAAUAGUUUUGAAGCUUUUAAAACAGGAGGCAGUUACCCAAACAGAAUGGCAAGAUCUAUUUGGAGCUGUACAUACGGUAUGCUUAUGGGACGAAAGGGGUCCUUACAAGUUACGAGAUGCUUUGCAGCAAGAUAUAACGAUGUACAUAAAGCAAGCUCAGGCUCGUGUGCUCGCGCAAAGAGAAGACCAAGCCCUUCUUAAAGCAUACAUAGCAGAAUGGGGCAAGUUUUUUACGCAAUGCAACUAUUUACCGACACCUUUUCGUCAAUUAGAAAAUUCAAUUAACAAUAUAAGCAAAGUUACAAGUUCCAACACAUCAAAUGCCCAAAAAAAGAAUAACAACAACAAUAUAGAGGAUAGUUUGGUCCGUAAACUAAUGUUAGAUUCAUGGAAUCAAAGUAUAUUUGUGGAUAUCAAGCAAAGGUUGCAAGAUUCUGCCAUGAAAUUAGUCCAAGCUGAGAGGAAUGGAGAGUCGUUUGAUUCACAGCUGGUCAUUGGAGUUAGAGAGUCAUAUGUUAAUUUAUGUUCAAAAACAAGUGAUAAGUUGCAAAUAUACAGAGAAAAUUUUGAAGCAGCUUACAUGCAAGCAACUGAAGAAUUCUAUAAAUAUAAAGCUAAUGAACAUUUGUUGGCUAAUGGUGUACAGUCCUAUAUGAAGUAUGCUGAUCAACGUUUAAAGGAAGAAGAGGCUCGGGCUCAUAGGUAUUUGGAGCCAGGUAGUGGAAGCGUUGCCGCACUAACACAAUGCUGUGAGAGAGUUAUAAUUACUGAACAUUUGCCCACAUUAUUGGCUGAAAGUGCACCAUUAAUUAAAGCUGGAGAGACAGAGAAAUUGCAGCUUAUGUUUCGUUUACUAGACAGAGUGCCGGGUGGAGUUACUCCCAUACUAAGAGACUUAGAAGCCCACAUUGUAUCAGCUGGUUUAGCUGACAUGGUGGCUUCUGCUGACAUAAUAACAACAGACUCAGAAAAGUAUGUGGAACGCUUACUAGAUUUAUUCAGAAGAUUCAGUACCCUAGUUAAGGAAGCAUUCAUGGAUGAUCCUAGGUUUUUGACUGCAAGGGACAAAGCUUACAAAUGUGUAGUUAAUGACACAACAGUUUUUAAAUUAGAGCUGCCAUCGUCGGCACUUAUUCGUGGUAGUAAAGGUACUGCACCUGAAAGUAAGUGCCCCGAACUGCUUGCUAAUUACUGUGAUAUGUUGUUACGGAAAACUCCUCUUAGUAAACGUUUAACUAGUGAACAAAUAGAAUCUCGUUUAAGAGAUGUACUUUUAGUUUUGAAGUAUAUUGAGAACAAAGAUGUUUUUAUGAGAUAUCAUAAAGCACAUUUAACAAGAAGGUUAAUAUUGGACUCUAGUGCUGACUCUGAAAAAGAGGAAGAUAUGGUGGAGUGGUUAAGAGAAGUAGGUAUGCCGGCAGAUUAUGUAAAUAAGCUAGCUCGAAUGUUCCAAGAUAUUAAAGUAAGUGAAGAUCUCAAUAUUCAAUUCAGAGGUGAAACAACACGUCAUGAUGCGAUCAAUAUAAAGAUUCUGAAUGCGGGAGCUUGGGCUCGAGGCUCUGAAAGAGUAACGGUUAGUUUGCCCUUAGAGUUGGAGGACUAUAUACCUGAGGUGGAGGAGUUUUAUAAGAAGAAGCAUUCCGGUAGGAAGUUGCAGUGGUACCAUCAUAUGAGUAAUGGUACAAUUACGUUUGCAAACUCAGUUGGUAGAUUUGAUUUGGACGUAACAACUUUCCAAAUGGCCGUUUUGUUUGCAUGGAACCAAAGACCAUUGGAGCGGGUGACAUAUGAAAAUUUAAGACUUGCAACCGAACUUCCUGAUCCUGAAUUAAGAAGGACUUUAUGGUCCCUAGUUGCUUUUCCUAAACUCAAACGUCAACUACUUUGUUAUGAACCGUUAGUUCAGAACCCCAAAGAUUUUGCAGAAAACACAGCCUUUUGGGUGAAUCAAGAUUUUGCUCUUAUAAAGAAUGGGAAACCUCAAAGGCGCGGAAAAUUAAAUUUGAUUGGUAGAUUGCAACUGAGCACUGAACGUUCCCAGAUUGAGGAUAACCAUUCUAUUGUACAAUUAAGAAUUUUAAGAACUCAGGAGGCCAUCAUUAAAAUAUUGAAGAUGAGAAAACGCAUUACAAACACAGCUCUACAGAGCGAACUCGUUGAAAUUUUGAAAAACAUGUUCUUGCCCUCCAAGAAGAUGAUCAAGGAACAACUGGAAUGGCUCAUCGAACAUAAAUAUAUGCGCCGAGACGACGAGGACAUUAACACAUUCAUAUACAUGGCCUAGAGCAGAGCAUUUAUAAAUAAUAAUUAAUAAAAUCAUGUAAAUUAUUUACCCAAAAUCAUUGUUAUUUAUUUAACCAAAACACUUAUAUGACCCCUAAAUGAAAGAC